AUGGGCCAAGCUCAAGCUGUACGGGGCACUCGACAUACCUGUGCUCCCCUUCUUGGGAAAGCUCUAGGUCUACCCCUGUCUUCGAUUUUUCCUCGUCGCCGAAUGUUCUUACCUAGUCCCUGCCACAUAACAAGUGCAACUCGUCGGACAUGUCAAUCGAAAUCUACCCCGAGAGUCUUUCCUUCUUCCGGAUUCACUUUGCUCGAUCCGUCUCUAGAGAUCGAAGAGGAGACUCUACCAACAUAUUAUCCCGAAAAAUACCAAGUCCUUGCAAAGUUGGGCUAUGGGGUGACAUGUACUGUUUGGUUCGCCCGAGACUUGAUCGAUUCGAAAUAUGUUGCUCUAAAGAUCUAUGUGCUUGGCCAAAAUCGAGACCAUGAGCUUGGCAUAUAUGAACGUCUAAACUCAGUCGAAUCCAAUCACCCGGGCAAAAGAUUCAUUCGCAAGCUUUUGGGUCACUUUUAUACUGAUGGUCCUCACGGUCGUCACAUCUGCCUUGUUCAUGAGCUCCUAGGAAUAAGUGCAGGUUGA